CCAGCGGCCGGCUGUUCUGUUCGUUCGUUCGUUGCCUGGCGGAGGUCGGAUGCUGUAUGCUGUAGAGAAGUUGGUGGCGCUGAAGACAAUGUAGGAGAGAGUGGGGAAGAAUCUGAAGACGAGUGGAACUACUACCGUGUUGAACCCACUGGUGACAAGGAGUCGGGCCAACAAAAUCCUGAUUCUGGUGAUAGUGAAGAGAUGGAGUCACAGUUAAAUCCUAAUGCUGCAGUAUUUAUUCCAUCAUCUCCCACCGAAAACAGCAACCAUAUUGAGCAGCCCUUCAACGAGAAUCUGACUCAAGAGGAAUUUUUCAACAAAGACAACGUCAUGUCAUCGUCCUUCAUUGCCCAUGACCCAGUUUCAGCCAUUGAGUCUUCGCCUGUAGAAGAUUUAAAUGGUAAAGAUGAAGUAUGGCUUUCUAGCUCUCCCAAGAAAGGUGGUGUUCCUUUAGAUAAUGUUAAUGUACCGCCAGAAGAUGAAUUUGAUCGAGAAGUUAGUCAGCGCCCUGGAGAUUUGGAUGUAGAACACUCAUUGAAUGGAACGGGUGGUAGCGAUUCUGUCUUUGAAUCGAAAGGUACUGAUUCUAUCAUUGAAUCAUUGGAAAACAGCAAGAAUAUUAUGGAAGAUGAUGUAUGUGGCAUUGAAAACGGCAUUCAAGAAUCUGUCACAAAUAUUGAGAGUUUGAAUCCAUUUAAUGUCUCUAAAUCUCAAGAUAUUUGCUCAGAUAUAGGAACACUUUGUGAAUUUACAGUCUCAGAGAAUGAGAAUGCUCUUGAUGAGUUUUGUGGUGCAUCACCUAUCUCCAACCCAGUGGAGACAGUUGAAUCAAAGCUUGCUUCUGAAUCUAUGAAAGUUGAAGAAUUAAUUGAUUCUGAGUGUACGGCAGUUGAAGAAUUGAUUGCUUCUGGAUCUACAAAAGUUGAAGAAUUGAUUGCUCCUGAAUCUACAAAAGGAUUGAUUGAUGAAAUUGGAUUUAAUGAGGUGGGAACAACCGGCCCCCUGGAGCCUACCAACCCACUCGAGCCGACUAGCACCCUUCAGCAUGAUAUUUCGACUUUGUGGAAACCAGUUACAUCAGAGAAUUUCUCAACUGAUCCUGUUAUGGAGUCCGACCAAGCUAAACCGGAGAGUAUCCUCAAUCUUGAUGCUGAUGUUGAAGGCCAUGAGGAAAUCAUCAGUUCCAUCGAUGCUCAAUCAGCAGAUCUUGAAAAGAUUGUUAAUCCGAUUCACGUUCAGUCAGAAGAUGUAGAGGAAAUCAAGGAAAGCAUCCCCGUUGAAUCCCAGUUAGAUCAUGAAAAAAUCAGUUCUGCUGAUGACAAGGAUGAGUUUAAGAUCACUGAACAAAUCAAAGACAAGAAUCCAUUCGAGUUUGAUCAACCUGCUGUGAUUGUUCAUGCUGAACCACAAUAUGAGCAAUUCAAGCUUCAUGAAUCAAAUGAAACUGAAUUAUUAAAUGAUGUGGAUGUUUCUAAUGGCAAUUUGCAUGUUUACAAGCCAUCUGCAGAUGAUCUCAUGCAAUCUCCUAUUGUGUCAGGCUCAUCCGAUUUUGCACGUGAACAUGUUCCAGAGAAAAAUUCUUUCUUGGCACCAUCAUUUGGUCAUGGUUUGUCAACCAUUGACACCUCAGCUGAGCCAUUGAAUGAAGCGGUAUUGUAUUCAAACUCAGGUUUUGAUACUAUGAUGGAAGCUCCCUCAAAUGUUGUGCCAAGUUCUCCAAGCCACAUAUCUGCUCAGUCAACCCCAUUCGAAGGUGAUGCAUUUGAAUUCGAGCCUAUGGUUGAGGCAGUUAAUCAACAAGAGUCUGUGCCUGACUCCGUUAAGCAAGAAAAGCUUGAUGCAUUUUCUCAAAGUGCUGCUGCGGAAAUUAAUUCACAGUUUCUACCGCAAGAUGAUGUAAAUGACCGUACAAAUGAUCUGAAUGAAGGAUUUGCAGAGGAUUCCCAACAGUUUGCUCCCAAGGAUGAUAUUGUUGUGAUUGAGUCUUCUCCUGCCAAACCGGAUGUUGUUGAUUUAACUGUUGAAGAACCACCAGUAACGCCUGCCACAGAAUUAACAGGACCUGAUGUUUUUCCCGAGGAAAAUGCAUUUGAUAAUUCAAUUCUCUCUGCCAAUAACAGUGCUUUAGAUGAGACUUUGGAUUCUAAACCUGUGGGCAUGGAAUUGAAUGCUUGUGUUCCAGAUGUGACUGAAUAUCAUAUGCAAGAAACUGCACCUCUGUCUUCUGAGAAUGACACUGUGUCUGCUCCAAUUCAUCCAGUUACUCAAGACCUAGUUAAUGGAAUUGACGAAACUGCUGCAGUAGUUCCUCUUUCAGUCUCUGAACCCAUUGUGGAAGCAGUUUUGGCUACUGAGUCAAACUCAGUGCCAGAAAUCCCUGUUGUCGACUUGGAUGUGAGUGAAGAGGUGCAGGUUGGUCUUGAGAAUAUCCCCGAGUCAGAUUCUCUGAACAAAUCUGCUGCAAUUGCUGCUACCGCUGUUGGUGCUGCAACUAUUGCAGCUGUUGCUGGAGUUGCUGCUGUUUCCAAGACUGACAAGAAAACUACAAGCAAAGCACCUAUCACUAAGGCAAAGCCCGCACCUGCUACAAAAGCCCCAAUCAAGGCAACCACCUCAAGACCGUCUACAACUACCUCAGCUACUGCACCAAAGAAGUCAGCUGUACCCCCUGUUCCAGCUGCCAGAGCAGCCCCUAAAACAGCAACAGCAACAGCACCUAAAACAUCAGCACCUAAAACGACAGCUGCGCCUCGAACGACAGCAGCAGCACCUCGCACCACAGCAGCAGCACCUCGAACCACAGCAGCACCAAAGCCAAAGCCUGUAGAAGCGGCAAGCAAAGCACCACCAACUGCAAAGCCGGCCCCACCUAAACCAAGGAUUACGCCUUCACCGCGACCUCUAGCUGAGAAAAAGCCUCUCACCAAUGGGGAUGCCUCAAAGCCAGCAGCUGCAAAGGCCCUUACAAAGCCACCAACAAGGCCUGCAACUGCACCUGCCAGAACUUCUUCAAAACCCACAGCUUCAAGCACAGUCAGUACAACUGCGUCAAAGACAUCUGCCUCCACUACAUCCACAACCACAGCACGUACUGUUCCAGCAAGAAAAACGCCUUUGACCACAGCUGCGCCUAAACCUAAGCCAGCUUCAACAGUCUCUGAAGCAAAGCUUAAGCCUUCUACAGCCACAGGUGUUGCUGCUAGGCCUCGCCCUGCUACUGCAACCUCAACUAACACUGCAAAGUCUUCAUUAUUGAGUGCGAAGGCACCUCCAACAAAACCUAUUGAUAAACAAACAAAGGAAUCUACAAACAAAUUAAUUUCAGCAACCCGUACUACAGUGUCUCGAAAUACAGCCAACAAGACAACAGUUUCUAAAACUGCCACAGCAGUCACAGCUGCAGCAAAAGCUAUUGCAAGUAAACCUCAACCCAUCAGGAAGCCCACUACAGCUACUACAAAUGGUUCAACAAAAGAAGCUGAAGAGAAAAAAAACAGUGAAAAUAUUAAAGAACCAAUCACUAACGGAGUUAUCAAGAAUGGUCAUGCUACACCAGAAGAAAUACCUGUACAAAAUGGAGUUUCACAUGAAGAACCAGUUUUUUAAGAGUAAAAAAAGAAUUUUGAACAAAAAAAAAGAAAGUGAUAGACAAAAGAGAGUGACUUAAAAUAGUCACCUGUUGACAACCAAUUGGUUGCUUAAUUUUUAGACUGAUUUGAACUGUUUUUAAUCUGUAUUUUUAUUUGUAUUUUAAAGAUUUUAAGAUGUUGCAUGCAUAAUUAAUAUUACCUAAAAUUCAGAAAUAAACAAUUUAUUUAGACUCAAAGUGCAAUUGUAAUAUAAAUGUCUUUGUAUGUUUAUAAUAUUUUCUACUGUUUCAGAUUAUUUUAGAACUGUUAGUCUGAUCAUCAGCUUGAUUGCACAGCAUCGGGCAUUAAAAUAAAAUGAGUUGCGUACAUGAAUGACUGUAACUGAGGUGCUAGAUGCCCCACCUUACCCCAGUGGAAGGGCUUGUUAAGCUUGCUUACUUGUGCAUGAGCUUUUUUAAAGUCAUAUAUGCUGGGUUUAUGUGAUAAUUAUCAUGCAAGAUGUGCAUACCAUUCUUACACGCGACCAACUCUACCAAAGUUAUGAAAAUUGGCUGGCCAAAAAUCCAUUAAUUUAGCUUUUUAAAACAUUUGUGUGGGGUAGACUUUUAAUGUUUUAUGUGCUUAUAUGACAGACUCUUGGCCGUAUGUUUAUUGAACAACGUUGGUUGUAGGGAAGUAUUUCAACUGAAACACCAAUGUGAAACAAAAGAAUUUUCUGAAUGAGAAAUACUUGUGAUAACUAUUAUGAUUUAAAGAAAUAAAAUAAAUGUAAACAAA